GAGCCCCAGCCCCCACCCUUCUACUUUCAUGGUCGCAGGCUGCUUGCAUCUAAGCUUGACAGAAAUUACAGGGUGCAGAGAGGGAGGACCAGAGCUGCACGGGCCCUAAGGGACUCCAGGAGAGAUAUAGGAAAAGAUGGGAACUAGGAACCCGCCAGGCUGGAGCACAGAAAGGUCUGAAUUCACAGCCUAAGUGCCCAGGUUUUGCUAAUCCCUCCACAGGGUCCUCUGCGGGGCUGUACUGAGGACUCUGAUUCUCUUUACAGCCCCGGUCACACCUGUUGGUAGCCAGGAUUCAGGAAGGAACGAUGGCAAAGGCCAGUGCCCCCAUGUGCAAUGGUUCCCGAAAUCUGAACCUUUUGGUACUACUGAGCUGUCUGGAGUUCAUGCUGCCCACUGAUGCUGAUUCUCUUUGCUACAGCUUCACUGUGGGCAAGUCAGGGUCUGGACCAUGGUGGCACCAAGUCCAAGGCCAACUGAACACAGAAACUGUUAUUUACUGUGACAGUUCCAACACCUGUCAGGCCAAUGGCAUUCUGGGGAACAGAUUGAAGGCCACAAAGACCUGGGAAACACAGGCUGACACUCUGAGAGAUGGAGUUGACCUGUUCAAACAGCAAAUGGUUUACAUGAAGCAGGAGAACAAUACAAUCAGAGAGCCCCUCACUCUGCAGGCCAGGAUGUGUUGUGGGCAUGAAGUAGAUGGAGAGUUCAAUGGAUCCUGGGACUUUGACCUCAAUGGACACAAAAUGUUUCAUGUUGACUCAAUCACUGGAAAGUGGACUGAAGUUGAACCUGGAUCCAGAUGGAUGAAAGAGAUGUGGGAGAAUAACAGGGAUGUAACCAUCUUCUUAAAAAUGACCUCACGGGGGGACUGCAGGUCCUGGCUUGAGGAGAUCAAGCCACACUGGGAAGAAAAGCUGGAGCCUACAGACUCUCUGCUGCUUUUCAUCUCACCGGAUCUUUCUUCUUCCCUGCCUCCAUCCUCACAGCCUCUCCAAUUGCCCCAGAUGUGGACCAGGCUUCGUCCAUGGCCAUCAAGCCCAACAUCUCUGUCCUGCUGAUAAUCCUCCCCUACUCCAUUCUUCUGUGGUUUCUGAGGAGAAUCUGUGAUCAUGAAGGUACUGAGGGCAGUGUUGGGAGUGGGGUAAGGGACAGAAAGAAGGAAUGAGGAAGCAAGAGGGAAUUCCUGGAGUCCUGCUCUUGACCCUCAUUUAUAGCAUCUUAUUGAGAAAGGAGGAAGGAGAUCUGGAGUUCAUGUCACCUUCAAGCAACAGUUCCUGCAUGCUCAGCCUUGAAGGACAGGAAUCAUGUCACAGACCAGUUUGAAAUGAGGGGGGAACACAGCAGGUUCCUAAUCUGGAGGGUCCCAUGAUGCAGAUGUGGGGACAGCAGGAACACACACACACACACACACACACACACACACACACACACACACACACACACAGAAAAAAAAACAAAACAAAACAAAAACAAAAACAAAAAACCAAACAUGUUAGUUCAUAUGCAACUGGUAGGGCAACCUGUCCCUUCUUCUGCACAGACCCCAGGCAUUCCCACAGUGCACUUACAGACUUGCAGGCUCACACUCAUACACAGAAACUAGAAAUGAAUCAAACAGCAGCAGCAGCCUCCAGAACCCCUGGACCAAUGUCCCACUGGAGGCUGUGGGACUGAGCUGCUGCUGGAGUCUGCUGCUCCCAUCUGGGCUGCACAGAAAGACAAGGUAGGGCAGGGAGAGUCACACACACAGCUGUGAUACCACUCUCAGAUUUUGAGAGUUUCAGAAUGAAGGGGAAAAGAUCUCUGGGACCCCACUAAAGUCCUGGAUUACCAGGUCCAAAGGCCAUUGUAUUGUAUAGAGUUCCUCCCCCCUCCUCCAGCCCCUCCCAUCUGGACCAGAGUCAGGAAGCAGAGCCAGUCAUCACUUUAUUCUGAACUUCUUCAGGUCUGCAGCAGGGCCUGGGGCUGACUCUGGCCCAUGGGAAAGAAGGGAGGAAGACAGGAGAGGCUCCAGGGAUGCAGAGCCCAGGAGUGAUGGAGGAGGGAACUGGAUGACCCUCUGUGAGGGUGGCUGUCGGGUGGUGAUGACUGGUACUGGGCACCCAGGAGAAAUGAACCAGGCUGUCCUCAGACCUUCAAUGGACCUGUUCCCUUGCUGCAGGUUGAAGAUACUGCAGAGAAGGUUGCGAGAGUUCAUCUGUUGCAGCCACUCUCCCUCUCAUCGGCCUCAACCAGAUGAAUCAUGGUGCUGCUGACACAGUGUUUCAUGAUCUUUCACUCUCUGCUGCUCACUUGGGUCUUUCUUAUCACCUUGUACAAAUUCCUUGGUGCUUCCUGGUGGGAUUUGACCUUAACAUGGAAAUACUUGAACUAGAGAUCUGGAAAAGAACAUGGUUAUGUUCCCAUCCCUAGCAUAGGAAACGGAUAACCAGAUCUCCGCAGUGGGAAUGUGAAGUGUUUACUCCUGUGUGUAUAACUUAUCAGAACAGAAGUCAGUGUGAGACAGACUAGGAAAGCUCCACCUGUCUAAUGGUAUUCGACUGGGAGUUAAAUUCUAUGAAGAAUAUUAACUUUGUAAUAGAGAUUUAUUAUAUCACCCCUGUACUAGGCAGUCUUCUCUAGAACAAAAGAAUGUAUCUAUUAUUUGUUUGUGACCAUAUAUGAUAAAAAGGGAUUAUUUCAUAACAGAACAGGUGAUAUUUUAUAAUAUUAUUGCUAUUACAGGUUAGUUUCUGUGACAUGCACUAGGUAGUCCAGCAAUGCCCACAUGCACAUUGGAGACAGAGAUCCUGGAACCUGCUCAGUCCCACAGGCUGGCUGCCCCUGCAGUGACAAUCUGGCAGUGAAAGCCAGAAGGUCCUGGAGAGCUGGUGCUACUGAAUCCACAUCCUCUUGAUGCAGGUUCUGGGUCAGGGCUGCUCUCCACUGUGUGCAGAGAAGCUGCUUCUGCACAUCCAGAACCUGUGAUGGGAGGAGAAUGAACUCCCACAUGUUUCCUCUGGCUCAACAUGGGCACUUUUGCACAAGUGCACUAGCACACACACACAGACACAGACACACACACACACACACACACACACACACACACACACACACAUGACACAUAUGCACAGUGAUAACAAAAAAUAAAAUAAGGACUCUAAGUAUGGAGAGUAUAAAAUGCAUAGUUCACUGUUGAAAACAAUUUUGUAGAAGCAGGGUCUCACUAUGUAGUUCAGGCUGGCCUGGAACUCAGAGAUUCACCUGCCUCUGCCUCCUCAGCAUCAGACCUAAAGGUAUGUGCCACCAUGCCUGACUGAUCCUUGCAUUUUUAGCUCUAAUAGUAUGUCAUUUAAAGUAUUAGAACCUUAAAAUUGACUAUUUCACUCACAUUAAUUUGUAAACUAUAGUGACAUUAAGUACAAUGGCAAUAUUCAAAUACCUCAGGUAUCACUAAAGGAAACCUGUAAUCACUAAUCAUUGGAAAUGGAAAUCGAGAACUAAUUGUUUAGUAGAAGUCUUUGGUAACUGUAACAGGCCCCAGACCUUAGCACAACUGACUCCAUGAUAGAACUGCCAUUGAGGCUGUAAAACUCAGCACAUAGACAGCACUACCUGCCCAAACUAAAACAAAGGCCUGAUCUAUUCAAGCCCAGAGUUAAGGGAAAGUCUCUGAAUGUACUAACCUUGCCUUUUGUCUUCUGUAGUUCCACUUCUGGCUAACUGUUCUUGUUAACUGACAUCGAUCCAGACAUUGUUUCUGUGCUUAAAAGCUCUACCUGAGAAAGGUUCAGUGCUACACUGGGAUCGCAAAUACCCAAUGUAGUUGUGACCAACUAAUAAAGUGUUUUUAUUGACUUAAA